AUGCGGUUGCAGCCUCAGUGUCUGCAGCUGGAGUCCGUACUGCAGACAGUGAGUGUCCUGGAGGCAGUGAUCGGGAGGAGCUUUGGUCCUGAUGGGGGACAGAUGGUGGUGGAGUGUGUGCGGAGACACAGCUCGGUGACAGGAGACGGCUCCAAGACCUUCGUCCUGCUGCUCGCCUCAUUGCUACGGGAGAUACAGAAACACCCCGAAAAGCCCCCGGGAAGUGGCUCCACAUGGCUUUCAGACACACACAACCCAGGACAAACAGACACACACACUCUCUGCCGCCUACUCAGUGCUUUCCUUCACACCCGGAUCAGCCCUACUCAUGCUGAAAUCAUCAGCCAACUGACCUGUGAGCUGCUCUCCGAUUGGAGCUGCCAUGGCGACUUCGUUAACGAACACUUCCCUGCUCUGCACACAGCAGUAUCAGGCUUCCCUAUUGGCUGUUCCCAUCUGCUGGAAGGCCAGGUCAUACAUGCAGAUUUCUCUACACCACUCCCACUCCGCGGCCAUGGACCAAUCAGGGCCCUAGUGGUGACGGAACCCCUGGAACCCAGCCUGCUGAUUGGUGGAACUGUGCUGGAGCUGGGUGGGGUUAAUAGAGGGAUAGAAAGUGUGUGUGUGAGGUCAGGGCGGGGGUUAGAGAGUGAGUGUGUCAUCCUACAGCAUCUAGGAGUGUCUCUGCUCCUCUCAUCAGUCAGACAGUCGGAGGCCAUCCUGGCUGCAGCGGGGAGGUACGGGGUGUGUGUGUUAGAGUGUGUGUGUGAAGAAGACCUCAACUUCUUCUCUCUGCUCAGCGGAGCCCAGCCUGUCUCAGACUGGGCCGUGAUUGGACAGGAACAUGUUGCUACGGUUACCUUCUGCCGGCCGCUGGUGCUGGGAGCUCACAGGUUCGUCAAUGUUGGGUUUCCUAAGCCAGAGGACAGGGGCAGAACCCACAGUCUGGUUGUGUGUGGACUGACAGAGGGCCAGACGGAACAGAGUGUGUGUGCUGUACGAGAUGCUCUACACAUGCUGCAUACUACCUGGGGGCCCACACACAGGACUAGAGCUACAGACAGAACCGCUUACACACACACAGACACACACACAGACACAAACACACGCACAGACGUGAUGGAGCCUUGUCGUGUCCUUUCCGUGGGCGGGACCUUUAAGUUCCUGUUACACCACACCCUCCUACAGCACACACACGCAAACAAAGACACGCACACUCCGUCAAACACAGACACACACACUCUGUCACACUUGGACACCUCUGCCAUCUCGGGGAUGCUAGCGGAGGCUCUACUGAGUGUGCCCAGACAGAUCUACUCCCACAAUCCUCGGCGCUACCUGGAGGCUCACGCACACACUCUCAGCUGCAUACGUAAACAUGGUAACUCUCCCGACACGCCGGAGACGAGUGCUGUUCUGGCAGCGGAUGGUUCUAAUAUGGUUCAGGCUGACACUGGGUCAGGGUCUAUGUCUGGGUCAGGAUCUGGGUCAGGGGUAAAGGUGGUGUCGGUUGGGUCAAGCUCUGGCUCUAGUUCUGGUGUGGAGUCAGUGUCCUGUAAGUAUCAACUGAUCCUGGCUGUUCUACAGUGCCUCAGGAGUCUACUGUCUGUGGACACUGUACUACACACUAAUACCUCACACACCUGUCAGAGAGAAGAGGAGGAGGAUGACGACUGAGAACUCAGACUUGAAUUCCUUAGUGUUUUUGUUUCAUGGUUCAUCCAAAUGUUUUGUUUUCACUUCUUGAAAAAGUAAUCUAUUUGUGUAGUAUGUCUAUGUAUAUGAAUUUGCAUGUUAAUAAAUCAGAUUUUUAUUUGAUGAAAUAGGAGUAUGGUUAUAUUACAUUGUUACAGCGACUGAACAGACUGUGUCCUUCAUCGCCUCUCCUUAGCUCCAAUGUAGAGGAGAAAUCACAAUGCCCAACCCACCCUUUUUCUAUCUUUCUUAUUCAUUAACUUCUAAGGAGGUCAGUUGCUGUAUUUAGGUAUCAAUUAAACAUUGAAUCUCCUUGUGAAAUAAAGAUUCACAGUGUAGGCCUACAUAGGACAAUUUUUAUGCAAAAGGCAAGUAUUAUGCUAGACUGUCAGUAUGAAAAUGAAUGCACUCUUAACUGUAAGUCGCUCUGGAUAAGAGCGUCU